AUGGAAAGGACAGAAGCUGUUGGAGGUGAAGUCAUUGAUGAUGAGGAGUAUGAGAAGAACAAGACCUUCAUCAUCCAGCUGGGAGCCUGUGCUGCUGGAGAUUGGACGGAAACAUGGUCAGUGCAGAGCCCUGCGGGAGGAGAUGUCCAAGAUGGGCUGUCCAGCCUGGGAGAACACACCAAGCUGGAGGUGGUGAUAGAGGAAUCGUACGAGUUUAAGAACACAGUAGAUAAGCUGAUUAAGAAGACUAACCUUGCUCUGGUGGUGGGCAGCAGUAGUUGGAGAGAGCAGUUUGUCAAUGCUGUCACUGUCAGUGCAGGGGAUGAUGAUGAGGAGGAGAGUGGGGAGGAGCGCCUCCCGUCCUGUUUUGACUACAUCAUGCACUUCCUCACAGUGUUCUGGAAGGUUCUGUUCGCCUUUGUCCCGCCCACAGAGUACUGGAAUGGCUGGGCCUGCUUCUUUGUGUCCAUCUCCCUGAUUGGUGUUCUGACGGCUGUGACCGGGGACCUGGCCUCUCAUUUCGGCUGCACAGUGGGGCUUAAGGACUCUGUCACUGCCGUAGUAUUUGUGGCCCUGGGGACUUCUGUUCCAGACACAUUUGCCAGUAAAGUGGCGGCCAUCCAGGACCAGUACGCUGACGCCUCCAUCGGCAACGUAACGGGCAGUAAUGCAGUGAACGUGUUCCUGGGCAUCGGCGUGGCAUGGACCAUUGCGGCCGUCUACUGGAAGACCAAGGGCAAGAAGUUCCUUGUGCAGCCUGGUUCGCUGGCAUUCUCCGUCACCCUGUUCACCAUCAUGGCGUUUGUGUGUGUCCUGGUGCUGAUGUACCGCCGCCGGGCCGGCGUGGCAGGGGGAGAACUGGGGGGCCCGCGGACCGCGAAACUCCUCACCUCCCUCUUCUUCUUCUCCCUCUGGUUCCUCUACAUCCUGCUGUCCUCCCUGGAGGCUUACUGCCACGUGCCAGGCUUCUGAGAGAGAAGAGAGAGCUUGUCUCCUAUUGUUUACAUGUCUAUCCCUCUCCUUUUUGUGUACUUUUCUGAGUGUUUUAAAGUAUUUAUAUUGUUUAUUAUUAUUGCUACUGUGGAUGCUUGACUCUGAAGACUUUUACCCCAUUUACAAUGGCAUGGAUGGCAGCCUUAGCCAUUCUGUUGGAAGCGUACUGGCACCAGUUAAUGACUUGGUGUAUGUUUUCAGAUGACUUAUGCCUUGAGGCAUAGCUUUAUCUAAAUAGGCUGUCUGCACAAAACGAGGGAAAUUAAAUGACCUUUGACUCUUCUGAGAAUGCUCCUAUUUUGUUUAUAGUCUAUCCUGAACACUUAGCUCUUUUAGCCCCACUGAUCGUCUCCUGCAUCUCUCCAUUCAGAUAGAGGAUGACCCUAAUCAAUCAGUCAAUUUCUUGGAGAUGAUAGCACACUGACUCAGAAGAGCUGACCCAGAUCCUCCUUCUCCCCAAUUGUGAACAUGGUUCCUGGUUGACCAACUAUGUAACCCCUGACGCCCCACAAGCACUGUCAUUCCCAUGAAGGUUCUCAGCCUCUGCCCUGAACAUUGACUACUACUCUCAGCCCAUCCUAACUCUCUUCUUUUUCAACAACGUUGUGUGCUUGUGUUGUGGACAUUUUCUAAAUGGAUUUUCAUUAUUGAAAAGUCAAGAUAGUCAAGAUGUUUGAACAAUGUAAGUGUUUGUAGAUAAAACAGUGCCAUAUUCUCUUUGAACAGGGUCAAAAAUAACUUGUGAUAGGAGUUAAUGGGAUAACUACAGUUGGCACGGUACUGCAUUAGAAUUAGUAGCCACUGAGGCCAAAACAUAAUGUCAGAUGUUAUUCAGGAAAUGGUGAUCAGUUGAAAAGCUGUUGUGUUUGUUAAUAAGAUUAAUAUUAAUAUUUAUCUCAAACUAUUUGUUGUAUAUCAUGUCAAAGAAUAAUAUUACUACUCGGUGUGUACAUGUGAGAGCGUGAGUGUGUUUUGUUGUAUUGAGUGAAGAAUAAUUGUAUGAUAGAAACAUUUUGAAGUAUUGUAUGUAACAUUUUAAUACGGCUAUCCUCAUGAGUGAAAGUCUAGAUGUGAAUCCAAGCUGAAUACAGUAACAUGUGAAUAUAUCACUGCCUGGUUCCCUGAUCCACACUCUGUCUGAGGACAACCUCAGUCUCAUAAGGACUUCUUCCAAGAUAUUUUUUAUACAGGACACUAAUCUAUGUGAGACAAUCUCUGCCAGAGAUUUCCAGCUUAAUUAAAGUGUGCUUUACAAUUUUAAUUUGAGACGAUGUACUGUAGAAGCACAUUUUUUCCAAGGGUUUUGUAUGAGUGUGUGAGCGUGUGGAUGUGAAUCAUAAUUCAAGGUAUAUGUACUCCUUGUCUUCAGAGUUUGAUGAAAGGCAUUGCUUUAUUCCAUCCUAAAUGUUUACUCAACAUGGGGGUAUGGAUUUUAAUGAUGAAAUGUCUACACUUCUGAGUCCUCACAAAUCUUUUUGCAUUAUUCUCUGUCACAUUCAGGCUUUGAACAUAUUUCACCUACAUGACUAUGUCAAAGCACUGCAUAGAGGAGAAAAAAGGUUUUAAAACCUGACGGUUAGUUUAUUUCCUAAACAUAGCACAUACUGUGUACAGUUUUUGAAAUGGCAACAAAUAAACAAAACUAUGAUGAUACUGUAAUGAAAAAAAGACAUAAACCAAAUGAUUGCCAAACCUUACUAUAAUUUGCYUAAGGAUAGUGUGUAGACUUUGUUUUUGAAAUUUAGGAUCCUCAGAUCCAUUGUUAUUAUUUCUAGAUGUAUUUAUAAUUACAUGAUCAUUGCUGCUUUUAUUUGGAUUAAUAUGCACGCUUAAUGUAUGA